AUAACUCGGUUGUUGCGCUUUUUAGGGUUGAAACAACUACAAACGUCAGUAGUUGCUCAUCGGCAUCUAAUAUUAAUUAUUGAAACAUUAUUAGUUAAUACUGUAUUUGGCGGUUUAAAUUAAACGGAGGCACUAUAUAGAGAAGGCGGAGGGAUCUUUGUUCUAAAAUCCCAGCCUGCUCUACCUUCUUUUUUUCCUUCGGUGGAGGCCAUGAUGGGAGCCUGAGAGUUCAGCUGGAGCGAGAGGAAGGAGAAAAGAAGAUGAUUCCCCGGGACGGAACUGUCAAACCAAUCUGUGCAGAUUUCUGAUCUUUGAGUAGUCUAUAUACAUUUAAGGUGGAGACUGUCACUUUUUUUCAGAUGUGUUCUUGGCAAUCAGUCGAUGACAAUGUUGAAUCGUUAGGAGGCUUUUGGAUCGAAGAAGGAGGUAGCGUUAGCCAUUGUUGCUAGCUAGCGAGCUAGCUAGCUAGUUAGCUAGCGAGCUAGCUGCGUCUGAGUGACUGGAUACGGGUUUCGGGAACCGGUGAGUUCUCUGUCCUCUUGCUGUCAAUCGUAGCGGCUGCGAUUGAGCCGCAGACUUGGACCUUGUCUGGCAUCUAAAGUUUUUUUUCUGAGGAGAACUGCAUGUAUUUUAAUCGGGGGUAUUCGCAAGACGAAUUGCAGGAUUGGGAAAGUCGGGCCUGCACGGAGGAGCAGAGGAAGGCCCGUCUUUAUGAUCCAGAGGAAGCCCUCCUAAUCCUACCGACGGCACUGCUAGCUCUGCUGGCUAGCUCGUCUUAGCGAGGACCUGCAAAAUUCAGAGAGAAGCCAGAGAGCAGACCCACUGACUGCGACGCGCACGACCAGACAGCCAAUACUAGAAAAACCUGUUUUCAUAAUUUUACCCCCUAAAGACUCCUGUCACCUGCUACAAUGGCUGCGAUUAUAAAAGAAAUGGUCAGCCGGAACAAAAGGAGAUAUCAAGAGGAUGGGUUCGACCUGGACUUAACAUAUAUCUACCCAAACAUCAUCGCUAUGGGCUUUCCAGCAGAGAGACUUGAAGGCGUGUACAGAAACAAUAUAGACGAUGUAGUACGGUUUUUGGAUUCGAAACAUAAAAACCAUUACAAAAUCUACAACCUCUGCGCAGAAAGACACUACGAUGCUGCCAAAUUUAACUGCAGAGUUGCACAGUACCCCUUCGAAGACCACAACCCUCCUCAGCUGGAGUUAAUUAAACCAUUUUGUGAAGACCUGGACCAGUGGCUCAGCGAGGAUGACAAUCACGUGGCGGCCAUCCAUUGUAAGGCUGGGAAGGGCCGCACUGGAGUCAUGAUCUGCGCCUAUCUCCUCCAUCGAGGCAAAUUCCUGGAGGCCCAGGAAGCGCUCGACUUUUACGGUGAAGUCAGGACAAGGGACAAGAAGGGAGUAACGAUCCCAAGCCAGCGCCGCUACGUCUACUACUACAGCUACCUACUGAAGAACCACCUAGAGUACAAGCCAGUGGCGCUGCUUUUCCACAAAAUGGUGUUCGAGACUCUCCCAAUGUUCAGCGGGAGCACCUGCAGGGACAGUACCGUUAAAAACAGGAGUGAGCCAACCCCUCAGGGCUUCAAGAAAGGGAAUUGGCAUUGGGAUCCCCAGUUUGUGGUGUACCAGCUAAAAGUGAAGAUCCACACGUCGAAUCCCGCUCACACGCGGCGCGAGGACAAGCACAUGUUUUUCGAAUUCCCCCAGCCGCUGCCAGUUUGUGGAGACAUCAAAGUGGAGUUCUUCCAUAAACAGAAUAAGAUGAUGAAGAAGGACAAAAUGUUUCACUUCUGGGUGAACACCUUCUUCAUCCCUGGACCAGAGGAGAGCGGGGACAAGAUGGAGAACGGGGCGGUGAACAAUGCAGAGAGCCAGCAGGGGGUACCGGGCCAGGGCCAACCGCAGAGCGCAGAGUGCAGGGACAGCUGCAGGGACAGCAGCAGGGAAAGCGACAGGGACUACCUCAUCCUGACGCUCACUAAGAAUGACUUGGACAAGGCCAACAAAGACAAAGCUAACCGCUACUUUUCGCCAAACUUCAAGGUGAAGUUGUAUUUUACAAAAACCGUGGAGGAGCCGAAUUCUGAGAUAGGCACGACAUCCGUCACCCCGGACGUUAGCGACAAUGAGCCAGACCAUUAUCGAUACUCUGACACCACUGACUCUGAUCCGGAAAAUGAACCUUUUGAUGAAGAGCAGCACACACAAAUCACAAAAGUGUGAACUCUUUUUAAACAGGAAAAAGAAGAAAGUAUACACCAGAAAAAAGGAGAAAACUUGAAUAUAAACUCAAAAGAAGAACCUUUGUCCCUUCCCUCGCCCAGACGGCAAUAGAAUAUCAUCAUGUCAAAUGCCAAUUUUAGGGAAAAAAAAGAUAAAUAUCCUGACCAAUAUAUUGUUUUUUUAUUUUUCUUUUUUUCUUUGGCACAGCCAUAUACCAUGUUCGAGGUAUUGACACUGUUGCUCCAUGGGAAAAGGUGCUGUAGCUAUAAAAAAUGUGUGUACAUACAGAUGGGUGACAAAUGAAAGGAACAACCAACAUGAAGUGUCUUAGGAUGGAGUCAGGCCGCCACGAUCCUCCAGCACAGCUUCAGUACUCCUUGCCAAGUCUGUGGAACUCUAUUGGAGGGAUGAACACCACAUUCCCUCAUAUAUAUACAUAUAUACAUAUACACACACACACACACACCACCUUUUUAUAUAAUCAGGUAAUCUCAUUGGGAUCAAGCUCUCUUUUGUAAGAGAUGGAGAGAACAGAAAGGAAAAACAAGCAUAGCCAGACAUAACAAAAGGACAUCACUAAAUAGAUUUGAAGAUGAAAGUUUAUAUUAUAUCAUUUGAUUUUAUGGAGGUGGUGGUGGAGAGCAUUGUCUUACACAUUGGUCCAAAAUCUUCCAUAGGUGUGAAACUGGGUUGAGGUAUGGUGACUAAAGUCUGUAGUAUUUUAUCAUUUUCGUAUUCGCCAAACCAUUCAGUGAGCCCUGCUGCACAGAAGCAUUUGAUAUGUUUUCUCCACUACUCAGGUUUUUCCUUUUUAAUUUGUCCCCCGUCUGUAUAUACAUGCAUAUAUAAACAAACUUUUUUUGUGUCAAAGACAAUGGAAAGAGUACCACAAUCAGGAGACGGGAGUUGAAGUGUGGGAGAAGUUAGAAUGAUAUACUAGGACUAUGCUGCUCCUUCUCCUGUCUAAACCAAGGCCAGUGCUGCAGUCACUUUGUUUCACUCCCUUUCUUCUCCUCCCCCUUUCUCCUCAUCUUUUACUCUCCCUCCAUCCGAUCCUCCUUUCCUUAUCCUCCUUUACUGUGAAUGCUUCUUGUGCUCUUUGCAGGCUGUCUCACGUGACUUUCGGUCUUUGUGCAGUGCAAACUGCAUGCGGGCAGUGGGUUGGGGGUGGGUGGGGUUAUGAAGAGGCUGUGAUGAUGUCUAAAGCAUUGCCAUUCCUGUUCCCACUGUGUAUACGUUAAAUUAUGCAGAACAAGGUAUCCCAUGUAAUUGUUAAUGUUUUUUUUAUCCUAAGAUAAUAAAAAUAUAAUACACAAAACA